CUGUUAUAUAAGAGUGGACGCACUUUGAAACUGCUUUUUAUAUGACCAAGACCUUGAAUGGGAAAAUAUUUAAAAGUCACAGUGGGCCGAACACCAUUUCUUCAGGAUUUCGACAACUAUGUAUGAACUGGGAUUGAGUGGUUGGAUUUCGGGUUACAAAAAAAGUCCUUGCCGCUGGCACCCCUCUUUCAUGAUUUAAUGUCGAUUGCCCUUCUGUUUCCUCGUGACUGCUCUCUCUCCCUUCCGCCCACUUCAGCAAGAACCACCAGUCUGAUAACUGAAGACUGAAGGGUUCUCUAGUCUCAGUUGUCUGAGUAGACGUAUAGCCGAUAUUUCCAACCUCUUCCUUCAAAGACCCAUAUCGAGAUUUUCAUGAGCUAAACCAAACAUGACGGCAACAGACAGAGGUGCGCGAUGGGCGGUGUUGGUAGUUUUGCUUUUCCUGGUACUCGGAACAUCCUGCUCAUCUGCAGGCUGUCCAGAUGGUUUUACUAAGUUCGGGGGAGCCUGCUUCAAGGUGUACCAGCAAACAGCAUCCUACAACCAGGCGAGGCAGUUUUGUGUCGGCAAGGGGGGACUCUUGGCCAUGCCCAAAGACGAGAAGACAGACGACUUUCUGUGGAGGCUAAAGAACGCGGUGGAUUCCGGGAGCUAUUUCUGGUUUGGUCUGAGUGACGAGAACAGGGAGGGUCAGUGGAGGUGGGAGGACGGGACUAUUCUCAACAAGUCUGCGGACUGGACUAACUGGCGCCCCGGACAACCCGAUAAUCACAACGGAAAGGAAGACUGUGCGCAUUACCAGUCUGUACCAAAGACGGGAUGGAAUGACCUGCCGUGCUCGUACAAAACAGCCAAAUUCAUCUGUCAGACGACGGAUGACGCUGCAGCAGUUUUGCCUCGCACAACUAUGACGUCACUAGUGACAACUCAGACGGGAACGUCAGCUUCACACGGCCAUUCAGGUGACCUGAAGAAAAUCACCUUGCCCGUUCCACGCAGCGCCAACAACUACGCCAGGCUGAUGACGACAUUGCCCCAGGACUUGACGAGUUUUACUUUAUGUCUGCACAUGCGCACCGACAUGGGUUCCAACACAGAUGCGAGUUUGUUCAGCUAUGCUGUGGGAAGUGGCGUACAUGCUAACGAACUACUUCUUUACAAAGAUCGUCUACGUAGAGGCCAUUUUCAAUUAUACAUUCAAAAUAUCCAUGCUGAAUUGGGUGACUUGCCCGUUUGGGACAGCGAGUGGCACGCAAUAUGUGCCACUUGGCGCAGCGGGGAUGGAGCAUGGCAGGUCUACACUGACGGCGUGCUUCAGGCUACAGGCUCGAGGCUUAAUGUAGGAGGGAAAGUCCGCAGGGGCGGUACAUGGAUCCUCGCCCAGGACCAAGACACAGUUACGGGAGGAUUCACAGAGUCUCAAGCGUUCAGUGGAGAACUAUCGCAGGUGAACCUUUGGGACCGUGUGCUGUCUGCAGAUGAAAUCGGAACAAACUGGUCAGUGUUCUGUAAUUACCAUGGUAACGUGAUUGACUGGGCAACCACUAACGUAACGGUGUCCGGACAGGCCAGUAGUGAUCUCUAUCGCUGCGUAGAACGUCCCCGCUCAUCUAUGGUGUCAUCCGUGACCGAGCAGAUUGAAACAUCAACAUCACAAGGAUCUCCAGCUUGUCCGAAAGAUUAUCAACUAUUCCAAGGCAUCUGCUACAAGGCGUUCAACUUUGCUGCCGAUUUCUAUCAGUCCAUCAGCUGGUGUGUCAAGGACGGCGGAACACUCGCCAUGCCUCGCGAUCAGAAAACUAAUGAAUUUCUGGUCAGGCUGAAGAACUCGGUCGAUCGGAGAAAGCCGUUUCGGUUCGGCCUUCACGACAUCCCUGAGGAAAACGUCUGGAGGUGGAUGGAUGGCCAAGAACUGGGGGACUUCACAGACUGGGCACCCGAGGAACCUAAUAACAGCGGGUCGGGAGAAGACUGCGUCGAAUACUGGCCUCAGACGCAGAAAAAACGCACAACGAACAAGUGGAACGACGUGUCAUGUUUUUAUAAGGAGAAAUUCAUCUGCCAAGUGGAUACAACUGAACCCCACGGGUACAUUCCCUACACCGACGUAUACUUCAAGGUGUUUGCUCAGCUCAAGACGUACGAAGCUGCCAAACAGACCUGUCUCUCAAACGGAGGUCAUCUUGCCGAUGUCAAGACACAGGAGUUGCGCGACUUCCUUUUGAGCGAGAUUCAGAAGGUUGACGCGAGCAGAGACUACUGGAUCGGGCUCAAUGAUCUAAAGGUUGAGAACACGUGGACCUGGUCUGAUGGGACUCCAGUCAGCGAUUGCGUCUUCACCAACUGGGCACCGGGAGAGCCAAACAACAACGCGGGCGCGGACGAGCGGGGCCAGGAUUGUGGGCAUCUAUGGAAGGCAAAGGGUUUCAAAUGGGACGACGACGGAUGUGGAAUGCAGAAGUAUUUCAUUUGUCAGAUAGGUACUUUUCCCACAUGA